UCAAAACAAACAAUUUUUCAUAUUUGGCUGGCUGGAGGGAAUAGCCUAUACGAAUCUAACACUUACAAAAUGUAAUAUUUAUUAUAUCGACGAUUUCGAACUAUAAGCCAAAUGUGUGUGAUUUUAAGCCUCAGUUUCCUGCACGACAUUUACGACGAUGCGUGCGCACGUGCGCGCGCAUGUGACAUCAUUGAUGGGAUCGGCUCGCCCCGGCUGUGGAGGAGAGACUCUUCUACAGGCCACGGAGAGGCUACAGGAGUCAGGGACGCAAGGUUGAGUUCCCAUCAGCGCAGGACCGUCUCCACGAACGGGUGGGGACAGUGGAGACCGUGGCACCCAAGUGUCCAAACGCUUUUGUGAUGGAAGGGACAGUGGACUGCGAAGAUAAGUUGUAGUUAGGUCACAGAUUGACAGGAUGAAGUUCGGGAAGAGCAUCUGCGUACUCAACGUAGGGGGAACCCGGUACGCCUUCACCCGUGAGGUGAUUCGGGAUUUCCCUCUUCGGCGCGUCAGCGGGCUGCAUGCAUGCGCAACGGAAAAAGAGGUUCUUGAACUGUGCGAUGACUACGACCGGGACCGAAAUGAGUUUUUCUUUGACCGCCACGCACAGGCUUUCGUGUUCAUCAUGCUCUACGUGCGCUCCGGUAAACUCCGUUUUGUGCCCGGAGUGUGCGAGCUGUCAUUCUACACCGAGAUGCUCUACUGGGGACUGGAGAGCGUGCACCUGGACUCCUGCUGCCAGAAGCGCCUGGACGACAGGAUGUCGGAGAUUGGACUGGACACUCUGUCCGAGUUGGACGUCGGAGUAUCGGGGGAUGAGUCCCAGAGCUGUGGCUCACCGGUGCAGCGGCUCACCGGUCGCGCAAAAUGGCUCGAGAUGAUGCGCAAGACAUUCGAGGAGCCCAACUCUUCCGUUUUUGCGCAGCUUUUGGCUUCAGUGUCUGUGAUAUUCGUGCUCGUUUCUAUGAUAAUGAUGUGUGCGAGCACCCUGCCGGACUGGGAUACAGCCAAGAGAAAUACAGUGGAGGAGCACAGGACAGUGGAAGCCGUGUGUAUCGGCUGGUUUACAGCAGAAUGCAUAGUGCGCUUUCUAGUGGCCAAAAGCAAGUGGGACUUCAUCCGGCGGCCGUUGAACAUCAUUGAUGUGAUUUCCAUCACCCCUUACUAUGUCACCAUGGCGCUGGCCCAGGCCGGGGUGCCAGGGGCUGGUCUCGGGGUUGCCGGGGUGGUGCUCCGGGUGCUGAGGAUGAUGCGCGUGUUCUGGCUCAUGAAGCUGGCCAGGCACUUCCUGGGGCUGCAGACACUCGGGCUCACACUCACGCGUUGCUACCGGGAGAUGGUCAUGCUGAUGGUGUUUGUCUUCGUCGCCAUGGCAAUAUACAGUGCUCUCGCCCAGCUGCUGGAGUACGGGCUGGACUUGGGGACGCAGAACCCGGACUACUCCAGCAUCCCCGCAGCAGCCUGGUGGGUUAUCAUCUCCAUGACGACGGUAGGGUACGGGGACGUGUACCCUGUAACACUCGGGGGACGGGUGCUUGGGGGAAUGUGUGUCGUGAGUGGCAUUGUUCUCUUGGCACUGCCCAUCACAUUCAUCUACCACAGUUUUGUACAGUGCUACCACGAACUCAAACUCCGCUCUGCCAGAUACACACGCAGCUUGUCAGUGGAGAUACUGCAGAGGGCAUGAAUCCAGACCAAAACACAUUCAGCUCGGCCCUCACCAGAAAAAAAACUCAACAAACCAGCUGCUAAUCUUGUUGUCAAAUAGCAAUCCACUGUACGUAUUACACCGUUUCCUGCGCGAGAUGCGCCUAAUUGUAAUUGGCCUGUCUCAUUCCUGCCUGUUGUGUUGAUGAUCUCCAAUUAUUGUCUUUAGCCAGCAUGCCCUGCUUCCAUUUUCACCACUUGGACUGGAUAAUGGAAUGAGUUAUUAAACACCCAGGUACAGUCAAUUCAGUUUUUACACCAGCUGCUGUUUACACUGUAUUUCCAUGACUACAACAUUGUCAGAGACGGCUGCUUUUUUGUCUGCCACAUUCAGGGCUGUGUGUGUGUUUGUUUGUCUCGCCCUCACUUUGUCUAAGCUUUGUGCCCAGAUUGUGCCAGUUACAAAAUAUUGAUGUGUGACCUAGAUGCAUUCUGUUAAACCUGUGAGAUAUGGACUGAUUGAGUGAACAUGUGACAGGGAAAGAAGGAUGCAGAGGGGUUGCACAGCACAUGAAGUCAGAUAUGGAAAUAUAGAGACAGGUCAGAAGCGAGGACUACAACGUGGUGGAAAACUAAAGUUAUGACAGAUA